AUGGACGAGUUCCCUUUCUACGGCACAACCUCGGACGGUCGCGACCGCGUAGGCGACUGGAGCAUGUUCCUGGUCCCAGAGCACGAGCGACAGAUUGCCCACCGCGAAAAGCUGCGGAUCCCAGACCAGCAGGACUUUGAGCGCCGGUUCCAGCAAGAUAACCAGCGCAUCACGUACGGACACGUCGACUACAAGGGCUACUUCAUCUCGGUGGAGCGGACCGUCCGCGACCCCGCGGCCAAGACGAUGCCGACUGGCAAGUACGACCUCAUCGUCGAGCGUCGGACCGAGGACGGCAUCAUCGGCAAGAAGGUGUCGAUCUGCGCCAUGGUCGACCUCUGGGCGGCCGCCGGCGUGCCCAUGUGGCACAUCAACCAGCUGAUGCGCGGCGAGGCGGUCACCGACUUUGGUGAGCCGACGAACCGUGCUCCCUUUGGACCGCCCCCGACCCAAGAUGCUCCCCAGGGCGAGGCCUCUAAGAAGAGGCCCAUGACAAACUUGGCCGAGCUCGGUCGGCCGAUCAUGAUUCGGUCCCUGCUUCUUCGAGCCAGGGCGAACAGAGCCAACUCCAACAAGCCUUCGACGAUCCCGCCCAAGGAGGAUGUGGAAACGCUCAUCUCGACUUUUAUCCCUGAUGGAGGCCCGAUGGCGCGACGUGUAACCAGAAGACGCUCAAACUGA